AUGAUUGUGCACUUUACUGACCAUGAAGGGGCCAAUCAGAUUGGAGAAAUGGGACCACGUUUGCGUGGGAUGGAUGACCUGACGAAUAUGUGA